CGGGGCAAUCUCAAAAUGGCUUUAUUACUACACAAGGUGGACAACUGUUGUGCAGUAAAAUCAUCCACUUGAUUCACAAUAACAACGUGAAGCAUCAGGUCUCCAAAGUCCUUCAUGAGUGUGAGCUAAGGAUGUACAAAUCUGUCGCCUUCCCAGCAAUUGGAACAGGUCAGGCAGGACAGAGUCCAGCAAAGGUAGCUGAUGACAUGUUGGAUGCUAUAGUGGAAUUUGCAAGCAGAAGAUCACUACAGCAUUUGAAAAAAAUUAAAAUCGUCAUCUUCCAGACAAACAUGCUCAGAGACUUCUAUGAAAGCAUGAAGAAAAGAGAAGCUUCAGAUUCAUCCACAACAGAUUCAUGGAUGUCUCUGAUUAAAUAUCUCCAGAGAAGAAAUCAUGUUACCAUUCAGCUUGAAGAUAAACAUCCCCCCCAUAGCAUUAAAAUUUCUGGUAUCAGCAGGGAUGUCUGUUUUGUUACUGUGGAAGUUCAAAAAAUGAUAAAAAAAAUUAAGGAUACUGAGGAAGAACAAUCCAAGGCAGAACUUGUUUAUAACCUGGUACAAUGGAGGUAUGCAGGAAGCAAUGAUAGCUUUGUUGCUUUUGAUAAACUGACAAAUAUGCGGCUGGAGGAUGCCAAAAUAGCUAAAAAACCAUAUCUUACUGUCCAAAUUAACAACAAGAACUACAAGGUGGAUCUGAAUACUCUACAGGCUAAGGGUGACCAAGGAAAAACGAUAAACAUUCAACGUGUGCCAAAGAAUGAAGAUAAGCAGUCAAUAGAGCUCCCUGUGCAGUGGGAAGACAUGCGAGAGGAACGGGUCAAACUGGUGAACCUCAACCCAUCACAUCAGGAAUAUCUGGAAGUUCAGAACAAAUUUAAGAAAACCUGUUCCAGCUUUGUCAUAGACAAGAUUGAAAGAAUACAAAAUCCCUUCCUCUGGCAGACAUACCAAAUAAAAAAAACCUCCCUCUGUACAAAGAACAAAACUCAAAAUAAUGAGAAGUUGCUAUUUCAUGGGACAGCUGCAUCCUCACUGAAUGCCAUCAACUACAAUGGAUUUAAUCGUGGGUUUGCUGGAAAGAAUGCUGUAGCCAUUGGGAAUGGAACCUACUUCGCUGUUGAUGCAAGUUAUUCUGCUCAGGAUAUUUAUUCCAGACCAGAUACGAACGGCGUAAAAUACAUGUACUUGGCUCGGGUCCUCACUGGGCAGUACUGCACUGGGAGUGGAGGACUAAUCACUCCACCACCAAAAAACUCAGCAGAUCCUACUGACCUGUAUGACAGCGUGGUUGAUAAUGUGAAUAAUCCAUCGAUGUUUGUCAUAUUUAAUGACAUUCAGGCAUAUCCUGAAUACCUUAUUACUUUCAGAAAAUAG